AUGGGAGGAGCCUGGGAGAUGGAUCAAGUCGCCACUGUGCGCGUGAAAGUCCCCGAGAACGGCAAGCCCGACCUCGCCUCACGUGAGCCAACGACACUGAUCGAGACAUUCGCGACCACAGUGGCCAAGGCGGCCAACAGCAGGGCCUUCAGCAUCAAGAAAGAUGGCGAGUGGGUCACACACACGUGGCAGCAGUACUACGACGCUAGCAAGCAAUUCGCUCGGGCGCUCAUCCACGUCGGCGUGCAGCCCCACGAAGCUGUCAAUGGGCUCGGCAACAACUGCCCCAAGUGGCUCUUCGCCUACAUGGGCACCGUCCUGGCUGGUGCGGUGAUCGCCGGCAUCUACGGCACGAGCAACGCUGAAGCGUGUCAAUACGUCUCGGCUCACUGCGAGACCAAGGUGGUGGUGGUGUCUUACAAGGAGCAACUGACCAAGUACUUGUCCGUGCUGGACCAACUGCCGAAGCUGAAGGCUCUGGUCGUGUGGAACGAAAUCGACCAGCACUUGACGUGGGAGUCCUCUGCCAUCUCAUUGGCAGACGGACGUCCACGUCACAUCUACGCGUUCAGCGAGUUCCUCAAGCUGGGUGAUCAAGUGGAGGCGAGUGUGUUGGACGAGCGUAUGGCGGCUCAGCAGCCUGGACACUGCUGUUCACUCGUUUACACUUCUGGUACGACGGGACCACCGAAGGCUGCCAUGAUCUCUCACGACAACCUUACGUGGAUCACAGCCGCUGCCUUGAACGCUCAUCCCGAAGCUCGAGAAGCAAAGCGAAGUGUGAGUUUCUUGCCGCUCUCUCACAGUGCAGCACAGCUUCUCGACAUCCACGUUCCUCUGAGUAUCGGCUCCGAGGUGUAUUUCGCUGGCCCCAAUGCACUCCGCGGCGGUCUAUUGGCCACGCUCCAGGAAGUUCGGCCUCAUUACUUCUGCGGCGUUCCUCGCGUCUGGGAGAAGAUGAUGGACGCACUCAAGGACAAACUCGGAGCUGCCCCGGACGGGAUCAAAAAGUCCUUGUUGGAGUGGGCCACGGGCACGAGUGUCACAUACUUGGACCAAACUCAAUACGGGUCGACCCCGACCGGCUUUGGUCUACGAUACUCAAUCACUGACUAUCUCGUGCUCAGCAAGAUUCGGUACGCCCUCGGACUCGAUGAAUGCACCACCUUCCUCACAGGCGCCGCGCCGACUUCGCUCGAGGUCAUGCGUUUCUUCCAGUCGCUGAACAUCCAGCUGUACGAGCUCUACGGGCAGACAGAAUCGACAGGACCACUCACCUUCAGUAUGCCCGGCACGUGGAAGCUGGGCAGUGUCGGGCCUCCGCUCGAGGGAACCCAAGCUCGAAUCGACCCAGCCACUGGUGAAAUCAAGUACACCGGUCGUCACGUCUUCAUGGGCUACCUGCACGACGAAGAAGCCACUAAGAAAACUGACGGGUACCUAUCCAUCACUGGGCGCCUCAAUGAGCUCAUCAUCACUUCGGGUGGUGAGAACAUCCCGCCCGUGCUGAUCGAGAACGAGAUCAAAGCCGAACUGCCAGCUCUAGCCAACGUCAUGGUCAUCGGAGAGAAGCGCAAGUACCUCACCUUCCUCUGCUCGCUGCGCGUGGAGCCUGACGCUGUUACAGGAGCACCGACCGACAAGCUGGACAAGGUGGCGUUGGCUGUGGCGAAGGAGAUCGGCAGCGAAGCCACCACCGUCGCCGAAGCUCAAGUCUGCGAGAAGUUCCGACAGUACAUCACCGAAGGAAUGGCGCGAGCCAACACCCGAGCCGCGUCUCGCGCCCAGCACGUGCAGAAAUUCUUCAUCAUCCCACGCGACUUCUCCAUCGGCGGCAAUCAGCUCACGCCCACGAUGAAGGUGAAGCGCUCGGUCGUCGAGGAGACGUACCAGCAGGAUAUCGAGAAGAUGUAUUCAUCGUGA